GCGCCGUUACGUUUUCCGGCAUUUAAAGUGAGGACAAGCAAAAAAAAAAAAGAUUCCCCUAAUCUUCCUGAUUUUCACUGCUCGCUCUCCAGCUUCCCAAACCUCUCAGAUGGCAGGAAAAGGUGGAAAGGGGCUUUUGGCGGCGAAAACAACCGCAGCAAACAAGGACAAGGACAAGAAGCGUCCGAUUUCUCGGUCAUCUCGUGCCGGAAUUCAGUUCCCAGUGGGCCGUAUCCACCGUCACCUCAAGACGAGGGCAUCUGCACAUGGAAGAGUUGGUGCCACAGCUGCCGUAUAUUUGGCCUCCAUCCUCGAGUACCUAACUGCGGAGGUUCUGGAGUUGGCCGGAAACGCGAGCAAGGAUCUGAAAGUAAAGAGAAUCACUCCAAGGCAUCUGCAGCUUGCUAUUAGGGGUGAUGAAGAGCUGGACACCCUUAUCAAGGGUACCAUUGCUGGAGGUGGUGUCAUCCCUCACAUCCACAAGUCCUUAAUCAACAAAACUACCAAGGAUUAGACAUGUCUGAUUUUAACUAGAUGGUACGACUUUCCAGUAAUUAUAGUACGUGUUUAAUGACUGCGUUUCAUUGUAAACUUCAUUUAAUGUGUUUAGGAUAUUUGGUCAGUGACUCAUAUGUUGUAGUUCUCUAGAAUUGUUCCUUUGAGCUUGUGAUCUUUGUUGGUUCCCCUAGAUAUAUUGUGUCAUUCUAGCA